GCAAACGCUGUAAAAGUGGGUGUAUUUUGUCCUUUUUGAGCGAUUUCAUGAUAAAAAUCCAAGUGAUAAGAACAAAUAAUACCAUUUUCAAACACUCACAAAUUCAGAAAACUGCAACCAACCACAGCGCGAAACGGUUCACAAAAACGUGCAGCAGCACGCCGAAAAGAAGAUUCUAGAUUCGUUUUACAGGCGCUGGAUUUGUUGAUAUCGAGAGUUGCUCAAAAGUACUGAAAUCUGUGGUUAAGAUCCGGUCUAAAAGGAACAAACUGAUUGCACACAAUCGAUAGAAAAUCGACACAUUUUUCCGGAUAUUUUCUUCCGUAUCCGUGCAGAAAAAUUAUAGACGAAUAUAGAAAUUCCCUACACACAGAAAAUUUUGACAUGUGCACUUAGUCGGACCCCACAUAGCAGAGAGUAGCUUGCAAAGAUCCAGGAAUCUGGAAUUCAAACAAUGUUGUGGUAAAUCUUCACUCGAAGUAGAAAACUUCAGAAUUGUACUCUGCAGGAACCAUUUAUCCGAAGAUCACAGACAUCGGUGGCCGUAUCCCGGGUGUCUCAAGGAAACCAACGGAACCUGCAAGUUUUAAAUCAUUCUUCAAUUUUUAAUUAUUCUAUGAUCCAUGUAUAAAUCGUGUAAAUCGAGGCUUUUAUUGUACCGUACCCCUGCGUGAUCAGGUAUCUUUAACUGAUUUGCAUCAUCGUUAUUAAAUAUUGGACAACAUGAAUGGAUUGUCUUUGCGCAUUUCCUGCGUUAGAGCUAGCGAGAAUGUGAAGAAGAAUUCUGAACUUCGAAUGGACCUUUUCCAAGUGCCUUCUACAUUAUUGAAUGCAGACAAUCCUUACCUCGAGCGGAUAAACGCAUCGGAAACAAUUGAUGAUCAAAUCAAAGUGCUGAGGGAGUAUUCUUUGUUCGUGGUUGGACUAGAGGACUCGUUAAAAAAGCAUGUUCAAACGAUGGCCGAUCUUUUGAUGGAAGCUCCGCUGAAACACGCUGUGCGGAACACGAUAGCUCGAUCGCUAAGUAACCUUAAUAUUAGUCGAGAUAUUGUCGUGUCCUGCAUUGCCAACAGUAUCAAGGCCAGGAUAGAACUAGAUUCCGCUUGCAAUAGCACGCCAGCAAGACGCAAUUCUACGAUAUGCAACAUUGGAGGUUGUUUCGAAAACUUCAAAGCAGGAUGCGAAGCCGUACGACUUAGCCUACAGCAUCUAUUUCAAUUUCUUAACAAGUCCAUUUUAAUAUAUCUGGAAAGGAUAAACGAACAAAAAUCACCCUCUGAUAAAAGUGAGCAAUGCCUCUUUAUACAUUCAGCCAUUAGAAUUGUCAUAACCUGCUUUCAACAGUUUCCGGAUCAACUAAAAGUGACAUAUGAGAGUGAAAAAAAUAUUGAAAAGAUUGUGCUGAUAAGUUGGGAUUUGUUGGAGAACCCAGAGAUUCCAAUGGACACCAAAACCAACUGUGGUAUUCUGAUAGCAAUGAAUGCCAAUCUAGAGCAACGUUUUUUGCGACAUGCAAAACGUGCGUUCUCCGAAGAUUGCUCUGCGAAACAAAUGUGUCUUGUGAAUGGUAUCAUUUGUACAAUCGAAAGUGAACAUUUUGUUCCUCCAGAAUGGAAGGGCAUACAAAUUAUUCACGAAGCAGCAACAAUCCUUAAAAUAAUAUCGGAGGAAAACUCGGUUGAAGUCAGCAUAGUUCUCGGUACGACUCGUGGUUUCUUCCAAAUGACGAAGAAAAUGCUUGGAUUAAAAUUAGAAGGCUAUCAAAAAAACGAGCGCAAAGAGCUAAUCGACAUUCUUGCUAUUAAUCUGCGAUAUUCGCUUUCCCAUUUGGAUCACUACGUCGACAGCAUUCGCCACAUAUCCCGAGAUCUGCUUAAAUGUACAAUUCAGCUCGGCACGCAUCUAGACAACACUUUGAAUGGAAUAAUCUAUGACUACAUUCGCAAUGCCGCUAUAAACAUUAAUACAAAAUGUGUGCUGAUAGGUGCAAUAUCCUCAAUCCUGAAAGCAAAAGAAGUGCUAAAAGCUAUUCCUGACGUGCCAGAGUUUUUACUGCGAUCCCUCACAAGAAAAGAUCAAGCGAAUACAAAUCUGCACAUUAACAAUUGUUAUGAAGCACUAAUGAUGUCAUACCCCUUCGAAGACAACAAGCAAGAUUGGUUUGAUCGAUGGAUUCAUCCUUUACUGAAACAAACGAUAGAAUGUUGUGAUAACGGUGUUAGAGGAGUUAUUGGGUUUCAACAGAUUGCAGAUUUGGAUAGUGUUUACCGCGAAUGUGUCAUGGAAGGAAAUGACAUAAAAGAAACUUUACAUGAUCUUAUCCGUAAAGCGAUUCGUACAUAUCCCGAAACAGCGAUACGCAUGAUCGACUGUAAAAUUAACAUCAGUUUUGGACUAAUACUGUCAUCAUUGGGCAUUGCUAGGAAAAGUGGUCUAUUCGAUACCAUACAAUCAACGCAAGAGAUGUGGAAAAGUUUGUUGUCAUACGAUGAUAUACGGCAGGCCAUGAUCUCUGGAGAUGAUUCUACACGCAUGUCCGCUCUUUAUCUGAUCACAGAAUGUCACAAAAGCACGGAAAUAUUUACCCAGCAGGAUCUGCGGUGCAUAAUGUUCUUUCUUGAGUACAACAUCAACGUGCAAGCUGCAUCGUUGCGCCAAAAAAUAACAUCUUGUAUGAAAAGUGCGCUCAAUCGAUUACGAUCAGGAUUUUUGAGUAUCAUAAAAAAAUCAGAUAUUGAUGGCAGAAGUCAUUAUUAUUACGAUUUUGUUAAACGUUUGCACGAGUUCUGCAUUGAUAAUCAGUUCUCCGGUGCAAACUAUAGCCGCAGGGUUAUUUCGUUUCAUAUUCUGUUGCAGCUGCUACAAAUUUCAACUUAUAUUUUCUAUGAUGACGAAAGCACUAAUAUGUGGAAUGAGCAGCAAGUGGGCCUGUUGCUUGCAGCGCUAAAUGAUAGUUACGAAUCAAACAAACAUUAUUCCCUCAAGGUUCUGGCUUAUUGCCCAAAGCAGUUGAUCGCACGAUUCAAUAAUCAACUCAAUUUCGACGUCGCCCAAAAGCUUAUGAUCAGUCCACGACCGAACGACACGUUAUCAGCAGCAUAUUAUUUAGAAUAUUUAUGCUUUGUGAACAAUACAAUCGACGGUCCAAUGUUAGAAUCUGCUGUACACACUUGUGGAAAGUUUUCUAAAGCGUUUCAAUGUUUUCUGUGGUGUGAAGAAAUUUUGAUGCAAGGCGUGCGUUUAGCUAACAUUUCACUUUUGAGAGCGUCAAGAGAAAACCCCAUGUUUGGAGCACUAGCAUGUAUACGUCAUCUACUUAGCAAGCUUGACUUCAAAGAAAUCUCCCGCGAGGAGUACUGGCGUGCAUCAAUAACAAGACUUAUAACAACUUGUGAUAGCAUAACCAAAAUCGUUUCAGUAGUGACAAAUAAUUCGACUCCCGAAGGAACCUACUUGGAAGAGUUCGAAGAGACGAAAAUGAAGAUCGAAGACGACUGUUCCGAUGUCGAAAUGAAAAAUGUAGAUGAAGUGUCAGACAAUGAAUCUAUCAACAUAUGCAUAGAUACAAAGAACGAAUCAUCUAAAACGGUUGUAACGCCGCAAAUGAUAUUGCUUUGUUCGUGGCGAACUAUUAAAGAAGUUUCUCUUAUUUUGGGCGAUAUUGCGUCACGUUCACCAGUUCAAAAUGACAUAGAAGAUGGAGGGGUGGUUGGCACGAACGCGGGUUUAAUAACAUGCCAGCAGAUCUUAUGUAUAGGCAAUCAAUUCAUUGAGCUCUUGUCGGAAACGAAGCAUCGGGGUGCAUUCGAACAGGCGUAUGUGGGAUUUUCGAAAAUUUGCCUGCGCCUAUGGGGCUCUCCACAUGCCGAGCUUCACCAGCUACCUAUGCAUUGGAUAAAGCAACUUUUAAAUGCAAUAACUAACAGUAACGGUCGAGGCGAAGAGUGCAUCGGUUGUGAAUUCAGCGAGAUAAGCGUUAAAAAACUAUGCAUUACAAGGCGCAGUGCAGGAAUUCCAUACAUAAUACAGGCGCUGAUUACCUCUGAAUUACAAGUCAAUACGACCAAAGGAUUACAGUUUUGCAUGAAGACAUUGUUAGAAUUGUGCUAUUCUAUCAAGAGUAGCAGCCAAACGCGGACUCAUUCGUUAAAUAUUCUACGUUCCCUUUUCCGUUCCACUGACCUUGGAGAAACGGUAGGUGAAUUCAUUUCGGAAGGCAUCAUGUGUGCUAUCAAUGGUUAUGAAGCGGAGUCAUGGUCGGAACGGAAUUCAUCUACCCUGUUGUUUUCUGCUCUCAUGAUACGUGUAUUUGGAGUGCAGCGAAGUAAGGAUUCGAAUAAUUUGAAUAUUCGAAAUAAGAUGACUGGUCGAAUCUUUUUCUUAAGAUAUCCAGUAUUAUAUGACUUCUUUGUAUUUGAACUAGAAAAGGCUAGCAAAAUUGUUAUCCAAGGAAGAAGAAGCAAAAAAUUGCAUCCUUUACUGCUGCUGCUUAGUCGACUGUAUCCAUCGGCUUUGGAGGGUAGCGAAUCAAACUUAAAGCUCUCCCGUUUUGUCCCGCUCGUUUCAAUUUGUUCUGGAUGUGCUGAACUCCAGACACGAUACUUGGCAGCACAAAUCAUUUCUAUAAUUGUAUCACCGGAUUUAGUUUUCGAUAGAAUUUGCUUACUGCUAGAAAGCCUCAACCGAUCAAACAAUCGUAAUAUCAAUCCAAAUUCACUGCACGGAGCAUUGCUACAAAUAUUGCAGCUCGUCAAAACUAAAAAUCCCAGCCUAGUUGCUGCUGCUACAUCCAGUGGACAUUUAAAUAAUUGGAUCGAACUAUACACUGCCGUUUCCAAUUACUUAUUCGAAGUAACGCCUAAUUUCAUCAUCUACAGCACCAUAUUAGACAUACUGCUCGAAAUAUUAGCUAGGUGUCAACAAGUUAUCAUUGUGGAAGACGAUCAGUUCCUAGAUGAUCUAAGCAAUAUCGUUGAUUAUCUUUUAAAUUUAUCCAACCAUCGUCAGUUCUAUGGAGAUCCAUUGGUGCAACAUAGAAUAGUACUACUGAGAACGUUUAUGUUUCUAUACAGCGACGAGGAAUCCGUCAAUCGAAUUCAUGAUUGUUUCUUGUUUCAUAUUUCACCUAACGGGGAGACGAAACGACCUCUGGAGUACGUGGAAGCCAUGCUUAACAACGUGCUGCUUGUCUUAGAUAUUGAUCAUAUCGAAGCUAACUGUGAAGAUUAUGACAUAAACCCAGAAGAAGUUUUUUACUUUCGCAAUAUCUGCUGCUUAAAACCUGCUAGGCUGCGCAGGCUAAGAACAGAACUCUUACGUUCACAAACAUUCCAUCAAUCUUUGAAUCAACUUAUCACUUAUUCAAAUCAAUCUCGUCAACAAUUUUUCUCCAUCAGAGUGAAAGCAUACCUUGUACUAAGCUACAGUUUAACAGCAGUCGAAAGAAUAUUACUAGGAGGAAAAAUAAGAUGUGAAACUGUAAAUGCACUAUAUAACAUGGCCACUAACGAGCCACAUCUGUUACGUAGUACUAUAUUUCGGUGUUUAAAGCAAAUUUUGCUUCGAGAGUGCAAUGCUUUGAACAAUUUUAAAUUAAAUGUAGAUUUUUUACCGACAUUAGCAGCGCCUUUUCAAAUCAAAAAUGCUAGAUUGACGGCUGUUGAGUGUUUGCAUAUUGUUGGUAAAAAAAUUUUCGAAGGAAAAUUGAUCAGUCAAUACAUUUGUUUUAGUUGUGCUACUCUGUCGUUGCUGAAUGAUGAUGAUUCUUUAAUCCGUGCCAAAACAUCGCGUGUAGUAAGCCAGUUGCAAGAAGCGAUUCAAAAGGUGAAGCAAAAUCCAAAGGUUGCGACGUACACAGAAAAAGCAUACUUAAGGCUGCUUACUAACACAUUAGCUCUCCACAAGUUUACUUUGAAUCAGAUUAUAGCAACCGUCGUAGCUGUGCUAAUAAUGAUGGAACAAAAAAACACAGAUCCUGUAAAUAGUGACGAAGUAACUGAUGUUAAAAUAUUCGACAAAAAUGAGAUAAACAUUUAUGGUGAAUACGAAUUGAUGCGAGAAUAUUGUUUUUCUGAAGUACGAUAUUUGAUUUCCCAAAGUGUCGGCUAUGACCUCGACAGCAACAUUGAAAACAUACAGAGUCUGGUUGAAAAACAUCUUCCGCAAGCAACAUGUAUUAGAAAUUUACUGUUAACUUCUGCAAAGCAAUCAUCGAAGCUUACUGAUAUUUACUUGUAAAAACACAUGUAACAAGUAUAUGGACAUUAAAUAAGACGAAUUAAAAAAUGUAGAAGUAUAAUAUGCAUUGGUUAUUUUGCGAUUCCAUGGAAUCGCCAUGAAAAUAAAAACAAUUGAAAUCAACGAUGGUUAAAAAAAACAAGGCAUAGAUAAAUCAUUGAAUCAUUGGUUCAUUGAAUCAGUUUGUUCAACACACUUUUGGUUUGCUGGAAACAUGUUCCUUCAAUACUGAAUUUAUACCAACGAGUUCGAAGAUGCUGGUAACGAAAAACCCUAUUCAUUUGCACAUGCGCCAAUUUCGUAAUACCACAUAUUGCAGCAGUGGUGUCUGAAGAUGGAAGGUCGUGGCAAAUCGUACAGUCCGGAUAAAUCGAUAUGAGCGAAUAAUGCUCUUCAUUUGAACGCUGCUGCUACUUUUAACCCGUUUCGACCGCGAUAAAUUGCUUUUCGACACACCCUAUCCUAAAAUAAGAUCUAGAAUGGCUUGUUUGUGAAAAUAGUGCGAAAUUGAAACAUUUUUUGUUAUGCUCUCGAUUACAUAUUGCAAAUAAUUCAUGCAUUUUCCAGUGAAUUUGAAACCAUUAUGUUAGCAUGCCAAGUUGUCAAGAAAGCAAUCGUGCUAAAGAUAUAUAGAUAAAACUGUGGUUUGUAGUGUCAUGUUCUUUCGAAAAGUAGAUUCGUGAUAUAGGACGAUUCUGACCGAAAAGUAGCCGAUCAGCACACACUUUUUGCUAAGUUUGGUCAGAGCUGAUGUUUUUUAUUUGUUCUCUACAAAUCAUUGGGCAUUUGAAACUUCUGCAACGCAAGUUACGUGAACUAACAGAAAAAAACUACUGGUUUUUCAGUUAAACGAAAUAAAUUCGAUCGAAUAAUAAACGAAUAUCGAAUAAACAUGCAUUAAUGUAUUGAUGUACAAUAGUUGCCAAGCCUAAUAAAAAUAAAAUACAAAAACAAUGAAAAUAAAGCAUAAAGGCAUAAGUGAAAUGUGUAUUAAAAGUCAAGUGGUAGAUCACGAUUCAAACGUAUUUGAAAAGCAUCCACACUAGUGCAUUUA